UCGAAAAGUGAAAGAUUAGUUCGUCUGAGAUUGCACUACAGGUAAAACGAUACAUAUCCCUUUUCCGUCCCUUGCACUGAAUCAUCAAUAGUCAGUUCUCUUAUGACUUACGAAGAAGGAGGAAGUAUUUUAUAGUGCUUCAAAAAGCUGUUCACUCACUUUACAGAAAAUUACUCAAAAAAAGUCAAAAUUCUCGAAGAAUUAAACUUUAGUAAAAGAGAAAUUACACCUAAAACACAUAGUAAUUAAAAAUAUCCACAACACUGAGUCGAUAAUCAAAGAUGGAGAAUCAUUUAAAGAGAUCCCGAAGUGACGCGGAGAAAAAUGGAUUUCAGAAUGGAACGCACGAAUCCACUACAGACACUGAUGACACAAAUUAUCCGAAAUUGAGCAAUAUACUCGUAUUUUACGUGAAUGGAGUCGAAGUAAGAGAAACUGCAGUUGAGCCAGAAUGGACACUUCUUUAUUAUUUGCGCAACAAACUUGGAUUGUGUGGUACAAAAUUAGGAUGUGCCGAAGGAGGUUGCGGAGCUUGUACCGUAAUGAUCUCAAAAUUUAAUCGUCAAACAGAAAAGCCAAUACACUACGCAGCAAAUGCUUGCCUGACUCCAGUUUGCGCCGUUCAUGGAAUGUCAGUCACAACAGUCGAAGGAAUCGGAAGUACAAAGACGAGACUUCAUCCCGUACAGGAGAGAAUUGCAAAAGCUCAUGGUUCACAAUGCGGAUUCUGUACACCAGGAAUCGUCAUGUCCAUGUACGCCCUUCUGAGAUCAAUGCCAAAGCCACAGAUAACGGACUUGGAAAUUGCAUUCCAGGGCAAUUUGUGCAGAUGCACUGGUUACAGAGCAAUAAUUGAAGGUUACAAAACAUUCACCGAGGAGUGGGAAAAAGUCCAACGUCUCCCUCAACAGAAUGGCCACGUUAAGGGAACCGUUUGCGCAAUGGGAGAGAAUUGCUGUAAACGAGUCUUCACAUCGGAGCCAAAUGAACUCUUCGAUCCGAAGGCUUUUCGACCCUACGAUCCAACGCAAGAACCAAUUUUCCCGCCGAAAUUGCAAAUCUCCGCGAAAUACGACGAGGAGUAUUUGAUUCUCAAGGGGAGGAACAUCACCUGGUACCGUCCGCUCGACCUCAAAGAAAUUCUAUCACUAAAGAAGACUUAUCCGAAUGCGAAGAUAAUCGUGGGAAACACGGAAGUUGGCGUGGAAAUGAAAUUCCGAAAUAUUCUGUAUCCCGUCUUGAUUCAACCGACGAAAGUCAAGGAAAUGUGUGAAAUAACGGAGAGUAAAGAAUAUCUACAAGUGGGAGCGAGUGUAACUUUAGUUGAAAUGGAGGAAAAGUUGAGAGAACAAAUAAAAAUUAAACCUGAAUGCAAAACAAGAAUUUUUGCCGGAAUCGUAGAGAUGUUACACUGGUUUGCUGGAAAACAGAUCCGAAAUGUAGCAGCGGUAGGAGGGAAUAUAAUGACCGGAAGUCCUAUAUCAGAUCUAAAUCCUGUUUUCAUGGCCGCUGGUAUCAAACUAAAUCUAUGUAGUCUAAAUAACGGUUUCCGAUCAGUAACAAUGGAUCAUACUUUCUUUACCGGCUAUCGACGAAAUAUUGUCACUCCUGACGAACUUCUAGUUUCGAUCAGCAUUCCCUUCUCCCUCGAGAAUCAAUUCUUUGUUGCCUACAAACAAGCGAAGCGACGCGACGAUGAUAUUGCUAUCGUCAACAUGGCCCUGAAUGUCAUCCUCGAGUCCGAUGUUUCCGUAAAGAAACUCAACGUAGCUUUCGGAGGUCUCGCGCCAACUACAGUUUUAGCAACAAAAACGAGUGAGAAAUUAGUUGGAAAAAAGUGGAACUUUCAAAAUCUAGAAAUGAUUUACGACAGUCUUAAUGAAGAAUUUCCUUUGGCAGGCAACGCCCCUGGGGGAAUGAUUCUCUAUCGGCGUUCUUUAACCCUAAGUCUCUUCUUCAAAGGUUUUAUCAGUGUCGUAAAGUCGAUAAGUAAUAAUUCAAUGUUUGAGAGAAAUCCACAUUUGCAAAUUCCGAAAGAAUGGGACUCGAUUCCAGAAGGUUUUCACUACAAGAUGCCUUGCAGUUCGCAGUAUUAUCAAGUGGCACCAGAAGACCAAAGACCGACGGAUCUGAUAGGCAGACCUGUCGUUCAUGUCAGUGCGAUGAAACAAGCAACCGGGGAGGCUAUCUAUUGCGACGAUGUUCCUAAAGUCAGUGGGGAAUUGUACGCGGGAUUUGUCAUCUCAACUCAAGCUCACGCGAACAUUUUGAAAGUGGAUCCAACAAAGGCUCUUGAAAUGGAAGGCGUAAUCGCGUUCUUUGACGCCAAAGAUGCGCCGAACAAUAAAACAGGACCAAUCUUCCACGAUGAGGAAGUAUUCUACUCUACAAAAGUUACGAGUCAAGGACAAGUGAUCGGAAUCGUGGUAGCCGUCGAUCAACUGAUCGCUCAACGAGCCGCAAAGAACGUUAAAGUCGACUACGAAAUACUGACCCCCAUAGUGAGUAUCGAGGACGCGAUUCUCAAGAAAUCGUACUUCGCAGGUUUUCCAAUCAGCAUAACCAGUGGCGACGCAGAUAAAGGUUUAGCAGAAUCGGACUAUAUUCUGACCGGUGAGGCAAGAAUGGGAGGUCAGGAGCAUUUCUACCUGGAAACGAAUGCGUGUGUAGCGAUUCCGAGGGAGGAGGACGAAAUUGAAUUAAUUUGCUCCACGCAACAUCCGGCGGAAAUUCAGAAAGUAGUCGCUGAACUGAUGCACCUGACAAUGAACAAAGUCGUCAUUCGGGCAAAAAGAUUAGGCGGCGGAUUCGGAGGUAAGGAAUCAAGGGCCGCGGUGGUAGCCCUUCCGGUUUCUCUAGCAGCUCAUAAAUUGCGAAAACCGGUCAGAUGCAUGUUGGACAGGGACGAAGAUAUGAUGAUGAGUGGUACGCGUCAUCCGUUCUUACACAAAUACAAAGUUGGCUUCAACAAAGACGGUAAAAUCCAGGCUCUUGAAAUAGUGAUCUACGCCAAUGCCGGUUACUCCAUGGAUCUAUCGCGAGGUGUCAUUGAACGAGCCAUGUUCCACUGCGAAAAUGCCUACCAUAUACCAAAUACGAAAAUUAUCGGCUAUGUCUGUAAAACAAAUCUACCAACCAACACUGCUUUUCGCGGUUUCGGUGGACCGCAAGGUAUGUUCGCCGCCGAGAAUUUCAUCCGUGAAAUUGCCGAUUUUCUCCAUCGCGACCCGGUUGAAAUUGCUGGAAUUAAUCUCUACAGGGAAGGAGACGUAACCCCUUACAAACAAGUACUCACUUACUGCACAAUGGAAAGAUGUUGGCAGCAGUGUCUGGAAAAAUCGAAUUUCCAUAAACGUCUGGCGGACAUUCGGCGAUAUAAUAAAGAGCACAGAUUUAAGAAGCGGGGGAUUUCGAUUCUUCCCACAAAGUUUGGAAUCGCUUUCACUGUUUUGUUCCUCAAUCAAGGCGGUUCUCUCGUGCAUAUUUAUCAGGAUGGGUCCGUUAUGAUUGCACACGGAGGGGUAGAAAUGGGCCAAGGACUGCAUACAAAAAUGAUUCAGGUCGCGAGUAGAACUCUCAAAGUUGAUCCAAGCAGGAUUCACAUUCCAGACACAGCGACCGAUAAAGUGCCGAAUUCAUCGCCAACUGCUGCGAGUGCUAGUUCCGAUUUAUACGGAAUGGCUGUUUUGAAAGCUUGCACCGAAAUUAUGAAUCGCAUACAGCCUAUCAUUGACAAACGACCAGAAGCCACAUGGGAAGAAUGGAUAAGAGAAGCUUAUUUAGAGAGAAUUAGUCUCUCGUCAACGGGCUUCUAUAAAACACCAGACAUUGGAUAUUGUUUUGAUACAAAUUCGGGUGUUGCGUUCGAUUAUUUCACCUAUGGAGUCGCAUGCUCUGAAGUCGAAAUUGAUUGUCUAACGGGUGAUCAUCAAUUAUUGAGAACUGACAUUGUUAUGGAUUUGGGAGAGAGUUUAAAUCCUGCUAUUGACAUUGGUCAAGUGGAAGGAGGAUUUGUUCAGGGUUAUGGAUUAUACACUAUGGAGGAAUUGAUGUAUUCGCCGACUGGAACACUCUUGAGUCGAGGUCCUGGAGCGUAUAAAAUUCCUGGAUUUGCAGACAUUCCACAAGAAUUUAAUGUUUCGUUAUUGAAGGGUGCACCUAAUCCAAGAGCAGUUUACUCAUCAAAAGCUGUUGGUGAACCACCACUCUUCCUUGCAUGUUCAGCGUUUUUUGCCAUUAAGGAAGCAAUAAGAGCCGCAAGGGAGGAUAUGAAUAUUAAAGGGCCAUUUAAUUUAGAAUCACCUGCAACGUCAGCCAGAAUUCGCAUGGCAUGUGUCGAUGAAUUAACUCUUAAAGUUGGAGAAGGUGACGGUAAACCAGCUUGGAAUUUGGUUCCUUAAAUCCUUUAGAUUUAACUUUUAGAACAAAAAAAUUAGGGACAAAUGUUUCUAUCAGUCUGUAACUGAAAAAUAUUCAAUUUUGUAAUUAUAAUAUAGAGAAAAAGUGCGACUAAA